AUGACGGGCUUUUUAUCAGGAUUAAAGAAGAAGUUAUUAAUUCAUAAAGGAGAAGAAAAAGGAGAUAAAUAUCUACAACAGCAUCGUAUACAUCAAUGGCAUCUACAGCAGCAGCAACUACAGCAGCAUCAACUGCAGCAGCAGCUACUGCAGCAGCAGCAGCAGCAGCAGCAAGAGGAAGAAAUAGAUAAUUCUUCUUAUAUAAUAGAGGAGCAGCAUAAAUGGCAUAGACGUAUCCGUCAUGGCUGCAGCACAAUACACCCCAAGCCUAGAUGGACAUCCCUGCAGCAGCUGCAGCAAACUCUUACUAUUGAUAGUGCAGAGGAAGAAGAAAUGCAGCAGCAGCAGCAGCAGCAAGAGCAGCAGCAGCAGCAGCAGAUGUAUUUAAGGAGGGGAGGGAAGCAGCAGCAGCAGCAGCAAGAAGAAGAAGAAGAAAUAAAUUGCCGUUAUGAUCAUAUUAGUCCUAUUGGGUCACCAAGGUUUGGUAGAAUUGAGGAACCUAUAGAUCCUGCUGCUGCUGCUGCUGCUGCUGCUCCUAUGCAGCAGUACAGCAGAGGCUAUGGAGCAGCAGCAGGAGCAGCAACACCAGCAGAUUUUGCUGCUACUGCUGCUGCCCGAUAUACCCAACCAUUCCCUCAACUCUCCCCGUCAAGACACCACAGUGCAGCAUUUGCUGCUGCUGCUGCUGCAGAGGAAGCAGAAGCAGCAUAUGCAGCUAAGGGUAAGCAUAAACACAGCAGCAGCAGCAGCAGCAAGAGCAGCCGUCGUCACCGUCGUUCUCACCACCAUCAUCAUCAUCAGCAGCAGCAGGAUCUGCUGCAGCAGCACGAGUUUCUGCAGCAGCAGCAGCAGCAGCAGCAGCAGGAAGAAGAAGACAGCGUGUUUGGUUACAGUCGUAGGGAUGCAUGGGAAGGUGCAGCAACUGAGGAAGACCCGCAGCAGGUGCAGCAACUGCAGCAGCUGCAGCAGCGGCGACGUGCUGUUGCUGCUUCGCUGCAGCAGCAGCUAGAUGACGGAUGGAGGGAAGCACUGCAGCAAGACUUGCUGCACUUCCAGAGAGAAAUAUUCAGCAGCAGCAGGAAAGAUAUUAAGCAGCAGCAAAGAGCAGCAAGCAUGCAGUAUCAACAGCAGCAAAGAGGAAUGCUAGCUGCAGCAGCAGCAGCAGCAGCAGAAGCAGAAGCAGCAGCGGCAGAAGAAGAAGAAGCAGAAGAAGCAGCAAUAGCAGCAGCAGAAGCAGCAGAGGAUGAUGAAGAACAGCAAAGGGAAGAGGCAGCAAACCCGUUUGUUGGCGACAUACAAGAGCAGCAGCAGCAAGCAGCAGCUGAUGAGGAAGAUGCAGCAGCAGCAGCAGCUGCAGCAGCAGCAGCAGAUGAUGAUGAUGACUCUACAUGGGGAAACACUGCAGCAGCAAAUGAUUUAGAUAAAGAAAAAGAAGAAGAAAAGGAAGAAAAAGAAGAAGAAGAAAAAGAAGAAGAAAGAGAAGAAGAAAAAGAAGAAGAAGUAGCAGAAGAGGUAGAUGAAGAAGCAGAAUUCGCAGCAGCAGCAGAAGAGGAGGAAGAAACAGCAGCAGCAGCAGAAGCAGCAGCAGCAGCAGGAGAAGAAGAAGAAGAAUUGAAUUGUAUAAGAGAAGAAACAAAAGAAGAAAAUAUAAAUCUUGAGGUAGAAACUACUGCAGCAGAAAUAGAUGAGGAAGAAGACGAAGCAGCAGCAGCAGCAGCAGCAGCAGCAGAAGCAGAAGCAGAAGCAGAAGAAGCAGCAACAGAAGCAGCAGAAGCAGAAGAAGCAGGAGCAGCAGCACCGGCAGCAGAUGCGUGGAGUCUUGUGGCUUAUACGCAAGGGGAAGAAGGAGAAGGAGAAGCCGAGGAAACAGACUCUGCUGCUGCUUCUCCUGCUGCUCCUGCUGCUGCAGCAGCAGCAGCAGCAGGUUAUCAUGCAGCGAGGGACGCAUUUACUCUUGAGGCCAUGAGGACGUUAACUUCAGGGUUGCUGCAGCGAGGACAGCAGCAACAGGAGCAGCAGCAGCAGCAGCAACUACUGCUGCAGGACUCGCUUGCUGCAGCAGCAGAAGAAGGAGACACUAAGGAAGGGAAGGAGACAGAGACAGACAUACUAAGGGAUAUGCUAAGACAAAAGGCGCGACUGCAGCAACUGCUGCUGCUGCAGACUAGCAGCUGGGAGGCAUCUAGAUUACGGCAAAACAGCAGCAGCAGCAGCAGCAACAGCAGCAGCAGCAGCAGCAACAGCAACAGCAGCAGCAGCAGCAGCAGCAACAGCAGCAUGUCUCCAAACGUCCAAUGGGAGUCUCCACAAACUUCAGAGGACUCCGUGUCGGUAGUAACCCAACAGCAGCAGCAGCAGCGGCAGCAGCAACAGGAGCAGCAGGAGACAGCAUCAGCAUCACCUGCAUGCACUGAAGAAGCUGCUGCGUCUCCUUGCAGCUGCAACUCUUCCCUAAAGAAGGGGAGUGUACACAGCAGCAGCAGCAGCAGCAGCAGCAGCUUAGAAGGGGAAACAGAGCAGCACGAAGAAUGCGCACACACUGCUGCUGCAGCAACAGCAGCAGCAGCAGCAGCAGCAGCAAACGUAGAAGCAGCAGAGUCAGCAGGCACAAGCCCUGCUAGUGCUGCUAAGGAGACAACGGCAAACAUUCAGGCUGCAGCAUCCCCUAGCAAAGACUCAGCAGCAGCAGCAGCAGCAACAGCAACACCUUCUCCUGCUGCACUUGCUGCAGCAGAGCAGACAAGCGCAGCAAAUGCAGUGCGCUGCUGCAGCUGUUUGUCUAGGGAUGAACGCCAGUCAAGUAGCAGCACACCUGCUGCUGCUGCUGCUACUGCAGCAGCAGCAGCAGAAACGGCAGCAGUAGAUACAGAUACAGACGCUUCUGCAGAAGCGGAAGCAGCUGCGUCUGCAGCAGAAACUGCUGCUGCAGCGGAAGCAACUGCUGCAGCAAAAGCUGCUGCUGCUGCAGCAACGACAGCUGAGGCAGCUGCACUGGAAGCAGCGCGAGCAGCAGCAGCAGCAACGGCAGCCCUAGAGGCCCACACAGCAGCAACAGCGGCAGCAGCAGCAGCAGCAGCAACGGAUAAACAAGCUGGAGCAAAUGGUGUGGGGCUGCUGCUCAGCCCUAGAGAGGUGGACGUACACCCGAUGCUGUAUGACCAAGACGAGGAUGUUGCUGCUGCUGCUGCUGCAGCACGAUCUGUUGUUGUUGCUGCAGCAGCAGCAGCAGCAGUAAAGGGUCACUCUGAAUCAUCUGCGCAGCAGCAACUCCCCACUCCUCCUCCUCCUAGGCGUCCGAGUGCAUGCAGCCAACAAGCAGCCUCAGCAGCAGCAGCAGCAGCAGCAGUAGCAGCAGAAGUACACGAUGCAGAGGCAGAUAUAUCUCUGUUGCAGGGAUCAAAGGUUUUAGCAAUUGAAGGCAGCAGCAGCAACAGCAACAGGGAUCUUGCUGCUGAUAAGAUGCAGCAGCAGCAAAUGUUGAGGCAGCAGCAGCAGCAAACACUGCAGCAAAAGCUGAAACAGCAGCAACUGGUGCUGCUGCAGCAGCAAGCAAGACACAAGCAAGAACUGCAGCUGCAGUCUGCUUCAAGGCCUCAAGCCAAUCAACAGCAGCAGCAGCAGCAGCAGCAGCAGCAGCAUACUGAUGCAGCGCAGCAGCCCGGCAACCGUGUUCGUUUUGCUGCUGAAUCCUUACGAGAAGACGACAAGACAGCAGCAGAACUUGAAUCUCUGCAGCAGCAAAACAGAGAGCUAGAGCACAUGAGGUGGCAGCUGCAGCAGCUGCGGCAGAAGGUAACAAACUCUGUAGCCGCACAGCAGCAGCACCCCGAGCUGCAGCAGCAGUUGCAGCAGCAGCAGGUGUUGCUGCAGCAGUUGCAGGGGCGUGCGGCGCAACUGCAGCAAGAGAAUGAUCAGUUAAAACGCAUGCUGGAGGGUGUACGUACACCGCAGUUAGCAGCUGCUGCAGCAGCAGCAGCGGCAGGGGGAGAGAAGGACUCGGAUACUACAGCAGAAAUACAAGAGUUACGUAAUUUAUUAAGUAUAGAGAAGAAUCGUCAUGAGGAGACAGAAGAACAACUAAAGGAGACACUGCAUGUUAUGCGUCUAUUAAAGGAUUCACUGCAGCAGCAAAAAGAAAAAAAUGCUUAUCUUGCUGGGCAACUCAGGGAAUUGCAGCAGCAGCAGCAGCAGCAGCAGCAGCAGCAGCAGGGAGCACGGGACCGAUCACCUUCUGCUGCUCUGUUAGAUGCACUAGAAAGGGAGGAAGGAGGAGAAGUUGAAUCUGCUGCUAAGGAAGGAGCUGCUGCUGGUGCUGCUGCUGCUGCAGCAGCAGCACCAGCAGCAACCAAAGUACAGACAGCGGAGAGUGGUGUACAGGCAGGUCCCCCUAAGCCCCAUGGCCCUGGCAGCUGCAGCAACUUUAACGAGCAGCAGCAGCAGGAGGAGGAGGAGGAAGAGGAGGAGAAUGGGCCACAGCAGCAGCAGGUGCUGCUGCGUCGUGCAGCGCAGCAGCAGCAGCAAAUAAAUCGUCUUAAGGCAGAAUUAGCAGCAAAAGAGAAGAAUGUUAUUGGGGAGAAGAAUUAUUACCAACAAAUUGUAUUAAGGCAGCAGCAAAGGAUAGGGCAACUAGAGAAAUACCAGCACCAUUUGCUGCUGCACCUGCAGCAGCAGCAGCAGCAGCAGCAGCAGAUAAUGCUGCAGCAGCAGCAACAGAAUACAGCAGUAGUCCCACACUAUCAACCAAUCCUUAUUACUCCACCACCAACUUUUGCUGCUGCUGCAGCAGCAACACCUGCAGCAGCAGCAGCAGCAGCAGCAGCAGGUCCUGCUGCUGUAUUCUCUCCAAGUGCCAUGUUUGCAGGACCUGUAGGUGCUGCUGCAGAGCAGCAGCAAUACAGGUCAGCAGAUAAUGCUGCAGCAGCAGCAGCAGCAACAGAGGAAGGAGAUGCAGCAGCAAGAAGACGCAGCAGCAGCACAAACCCUGAGGAUUUACUUAAGCUGCUGUCACAAGCAAUGGAGGAACACGAAGACCAGCAGCAGCAGCAGCAGCAGCAGCAAGCAGCAGCAGGAGCAGCAACAGCAGCAGAGGGCGCAGGAGGAGAAGCAAGCGGAGAGCAGCAACAAAUAUCCUCUGCUAAAGAAGAUGCAACUCCUGCUGCUGCUGCUGAUGCAGCAGCAGCAGAUGCAACGAAUGCAUCAACAGCACCUGCUGCUGACCAGCAGCAGCAGCAGCAGCUACAGAUGCAGCAGCAACUUAUGCAGCAGCUACAAGAAAACUUUGCUGGUAAGGUGUACGUACACCUGGAGAAGCUGCAGCGAGCCCUUAACAGUUCUUCAUCUACUGAUACUAGCAGCAACGAGCAGCAGCAGCAGCAGCAGCAGCAGCAGCAGCAGCAGCAACAGCUGGCCGAAGCAGGCAGUGCAGGCAGCAGAAGCAGAAGCAGCAGCAUCAGCAGGAGUUCUUGGGAGCAACCUCCGCUUAUUAGCAGCCUGCAGCAGCAAACCCUUCCCCUGCAGCAGCUGCUGCAGCAGCAGCAGCAGCAGGAGAAGCUGCAGCAGCAGGAGCCUGUGUCUCCUGGUCGUCUAAGUUUCUUUAGUGGCAGCACACUAAGUACAUUAGAUAAUCUUCCUCCUGUUGCAUGCGCACCCUUCCCCCUAAUCAGCAACAGCAGCAGCAGCAGCAGCAGCAUGAAGAUGCCAGCAAUGAGUCGGUGCCAUACAACAUCAACAGCAGCAAGUGUUGCUGCUGCAGAAGAAUUCAGCAGCACCCCUGUCUUCACCUUGCUGCCAGCAGCAGCAGCAGCAACUGCAGCAGUACCAACUGCAGCAGCAGCAGCAGCAGCAGCAGAAGAGAAGGAAGGAGAACCAACAGGAGCAAGAGAGAAGGUGCAGCAGCUAAGAAGACAGCUGAGGCAGCAAGGUGUCCUCUCUUAA